AUGGACUUGGAAGUCAGAGAGCCAAUAGAUUUCAGUUCUGGAGAUCAUCAGCAUCUAGUUCGGAAAGCAGCAGAUAGUAACAUCCACACCAAGGCUGGGCAGCCUUAUGCAACUUCACCUUCUGAAGCACCAAAAACUCAUGGGAAUCCACAUCCUAAGACUAGAGAGCAAAUGGAUAUCUACGUGAUACAAAUUUCAGAUGAGACUACCCCAGAUGACAGCAAUAAUCUAGCCAAUCCAUUCUCAGAUUCAUGGAUCCGCAGAGCCUUCAUUAUAAAAGUAUUCCUGAUCCUGUCAGCUCAGUUGGUGGUCACUGGGGCAAUUGUCAGCGUAUUUCUUUUCUGGAAGGGUUUAAAAGCUUGGGUGCUUGUGAAUGCCUGGUUCACCUAUGCAAUCUUGCCAGCAUUUUUUGUCGUACUCAUCGUCCUUGCUUGCUGUGGGAAACUCCGCCGUCAGGUGCCUGCGAAUUACAUUCUCCUGGGAUUAUUUACAGUUCUUCAAGGUCUGCUGCUCGGAGCCGUAUCAGUUUUCUAUAAUGCCGAGGAAGUGCUGUGGGCAACAGCAACAACUGCUCUGGUGACCUUGUCGCUCACUUUAUUUGCUCUUCAGACAAAAUGGGAUUUCACCAUGCUGAAUGGAAUGCUGUUUGUUUUACUCUUCGUACUUAUUAUCUAUGGAAUUCUCUUACUCUUCAUACGAUCAUAUUGGUUGCAUCUGUUGUAUGCUGGACUUGGAACUAUAGUCUUCUCACUUUACUUGGUGAUGGAUGUGCAGCUCAUGGUGGGAGGGCGCCACCAUCACUCUGACCUGGACCCUGAAGAGUAUGUUUUUGCUGCUCUGAACAUCUACUUGGAUAUAAUCAACCUUUUCCUUUUUAUUUUGCAACUGGUUGGACUGGGACGGUAGUCAUAUGACCAAGACUAGUUCAUGUCGAAAAGA